UCCGACAGUCACUCUACAUACACGCUGCUGUUCAUACGCCUGCCUUUCACCAAUUUCACCAUGGACCCAAUAGCAACAUACGUCUUUCUCGACCUCGGAGCGAUCGGCCUUCCCGAGGAUAAAUGUACUCCUCAAAUAAUUUCUUUAAGUUUACUAGCUGUCAGCAGUAAAGAUCUCCGUAACAUUCAAGAGGAUACAAGACAGGCUAAGAUCUCGGAGCCCCCUGUCAUACGCCGAAAAUACUGCCAUAAUAAAAACGGCACAAUUGAUCUAGAGGCUGAGCUUCGUGAAUUCAUGAACAACCUAGAGAAGCCUGUGUGUCUGAUCACCUACUGCGGGUUCUACUACGAUUUUCCGAUAUUAAAAAAAUGUCUUAGUUGUACGGGUACACAGUUUUUUGAAGAAAUGGCGUGUGCGGACGCGAUGGCCGGCUUCUAUGACAUUCUAUGGCCGAAAGGUGAGAAAACUUCAAGAGCUGCAAGGCUGGAGGGGGAAUUUCCGUGGCCGAAGAUGUGUGGGCUAGGCAGCUUCAAGCUGGAAGCCGUCUAUCACAGAGUGUUACAAGACACGGAGUACUACGCUUCUGGCGGAGACGAAUACAAGGAUGAGGUGGCAUUCCGUAAUAUGGCAGUGAUUCGAAUAGCCGUGAAAUUAGCUGAAGAAUUUAUACCCUGGUUGGAGAAGAAUUGUUAUAAAUUUAGUGAGGUGCCCUUGAAGCCUAGGGAAAAAUUUGUGUUUAAGCCUAGGCCUAUGGAAAUUAAGAGAGAAAUACAAUAAGUUUGCAUAUAACACAAUGGACGACUUCAAAAUAACUUGAUUAUUAAUUUGUUGAACUGUGAACGAUCAAGUGGAUUGAAGUGACUGACUGUUGUGUAAUAAAAUUAAACGUUGUUUGAGAA